AAAAAUAAAUGGCGGCGUCCAUGAGAGUUAUUGCCGUGAGGCAUCUUCGCAGGUUUCGAUUGCGGUCCUCGAGCCUUAGCGAUGCAGCGCGGACGUUGGCUGUUGGUUAUAUAGACCAUAGCGGAACAAGCCAUGGCUGCUCGCUCUGCGGAUCGCGUUUAUUCAGCACUUCUGACUGGCGAUGGGCGAGGAAGAUGGAGAAACCAUUCGUUCCAUCAAAAACAAAGCCCAAGAGCCCCGUCGUCAAAGUCUGGAAGAAUAUCACUGUCGCGGAUCUUGCCAAAGUAGCAGAACGGCCGAUAGAUGACAUCUACGAAGCGAUCUUGCUUGUUGAGAAUGCCAGCCAGUACGACCAUGACGAUUGUGCAAUUGAUGAUACCGACAUUCUCUUCCUGAUCCUCAAGAGACUUGGCCUUCGUGGUCAGAUCGUGGCUCCUCCAGAGCAGCAGUCGCCAAAGAAGGAGAUUCAGGAUGCAGUCCGAAGGCCACCUCCUGACCCCAGUGUGCUUGUUCCACGACCACCGGUCAUCACAAUCAUGGGACACGUUGACCAUGGGAAGACAACGCUGCUCGACUCGCUUCGAAAUACCAACGUAGUCGACCAGGAGUUCGGUGGCAUCACGCAGCACAUCGGUGCCUUCACUGUGAAGCUUCCUGGCAAGGACCGCAUCACAUUCCUGGACACACCUGGUCACGCGGCUUUCUCGGCAAUGCGUGAAAGAGGAGCCAUGGCUACGGAUAUCGUCGUCUUGGUUGUUGCUGCGGAUGAUGGAGUCAUGGAGCAAACAGUUGAAUCCAUUAGAUAUGCACGUGAAGCCAAUGUACCGAUAAUUGUUGCAAUAAACAAGAUGGACAAGCCUACAGCUGACAUUGAAAAUGCCAAGAGAGGUCUUAUUGUUCACGGAAUACAGAUGGACGACGAAGGUGGGGACACACAGUAUGUCUGCAUCUCGGCACUGAAGGGCACAAAUUUGGAUAAGCUGACGGAAACUAUUCUGACGCAAGCCGAGCUGAUGGAGAUCAAAGCAGACCCCAAGGGCCCUGUUGAAGGUGUAGUCAUCGAAUCAAUGACCGACCAACACAGAGGGAAGCUGUCCACAGCUCUUGUGCAGCGGGGCACACUAAGGAAAGGAGCGUAUCUAGUCGCUGGGCUGGCAUGGGCAAAGGUUCGUGGCAUGUUUGACGAGUGGGGGAAGCCGGUACAAAGUGCACCGCCUGGAACGCCGGUUCAAGUGAUUGGUUGGAGGUCCCUGCCGUCUGCUGGUGAUGUCAUCAUUGAAGUCGAAUCAGAGAAACGUGCGCAGCAGGUCGCCCACUGGCGAGAGUCCCAGAUGCAAGCAGAGAAGGACGUUGAAGAGUACAAAGCUAUUCAGCAGAAGGUGCAGCAGCACUUGGAGCAGUACAAGGCUGAACUCGAGCAAAGGCGUGCCAUGGGCAUUCGGAAAAAGAGAAAGCGCCUCACCAACCGCGAGAAGGAAUACACUGUUGACGACACUCCCUGUCUACCCAUCGUUGUCAAAGGUGACGUUGAUGGCUCUGUGGAAGCUGUGCUGGAUCUCUUGGAUACUUACCACUCACAUCAGAAAUGUCGUCUAGACAUCAUUCACUACGGAGUGGGACCAGUCUCUGAGUCCGAUGUGGAAUUGGCACAACCAUUCAAUGGCGUUGUCUAUGCCUUUCACGUCCCUGUCCUCGGUGCAGCGGCAUCAUUAGCGGAGGAGGGAAAUCUCGACAUCCGCAGUUACAAUGUCAUCUACCAUCUCGUUGACGACAUCAAGAAGGAACUCGGCAAACGGCUGCCCCUCCUUGAUGUGGACGAUGUUCACGGGGAAGCACUUGUGCAGCAAGAGUUCCUAAUCAAUGAUGGCCGAAAGAAGAUUCCCGUAGCUGGGUGCAAGUGUACAAAAGGAACAUUGCGCAAGAACGCCCUCUACAAGGUGGUGCGAAACUCUGAAGUAAUUCACAGUGGUCCUCUAGUAUCCAUGAGGCAUCUCAAGAAUGAAGUGGAGUCAAUAAAGAAGGACGUCGAGUGUGGACUCAUGUUUCAGGACCCCAAUGUCCGAUUUCAGCACGGUGACAUUCUUGUGUGUUACAGCAUCAAACAGGUGCCCCAAGAGACAGACUGGGACCCCGGUUUCUGAUCGACAGUGUGUUGGGUGCUUUUAGGACUUACAUAAAAACACAAGGCUAACAACAUGUUAAGUGCUAUACAGCUUUACCUUGAAGUAGUAAGAAAAUAAGGUAGCUUCAAAAGAUUCCUGUAGAUAGAUUCAAAAGUCAGGUGUGCUAAGGUACACGAACGUCAGUACUAUAAAGAAACAACUCUAAAAUUUGCAUAUUUUCUCAUCAAUGUCGUCAUGUCUGGAACUAACAUUCAUUCGAGGGCAUUGGAAAAGUACAGUCACCUGAAAAGUCUCUAUACUUGUGUAGUUGAUAAAUGGCGAGUUAUGAAGACGGAAGCAUAAAAUACAGCUGAAAUGAUAGAUUGUACAGUUAUUAUUUUCUGGAAAUCUGCAAGUGCAACGUAGCUUUUCUGUACAGUAGCUCAAUUAAAGCGGCGUGUCAAAUGAAGUGGCUUGUUGAGGUUGUAUAAAAUGUUUGUUGGAAGGGAAAGGAAUAAAAUACA